UCCCUUCAACAAAUCCAAAGAAAUUAUGAUCCUCCUACAAUAUUUGGGAACUGUAUAUGAAAAAAAACCUAUUUAUAAAUUAGAAUCCACUUAAUCACCACUUCCUUGAUUCAGAAGUUAGCAAACCAGCAAAGCAAAAAAUUAUGAAUUUUGGAAAGGAGGACCUUGAUCUGGUUUUGGUCCCAAGUGGACUGUUCAUCAUGCUUGUCUAUCACAUCAUCCUCCUCUACAGAUAUCUCCAUCAACCUCACACCACAGUCCUUGGCUUUGAAAACAAUGACAAAAGAGCUUGGGCUGAAAGAAUUAUGCAGGUUGACAAGAGAGAUGUUGGCACAGCCUUAAAUGUGAUCUCAUCCAACACAUCAGCAGCAACUUUUCUGUGUUCCAUCUCCUUGACUCUCAGCUCCCUCAUUGGAGCUUGGCUCGGAAGUAAUUCAACUAAGACAGUCUUCCAGAGUGAAUUGAUCUAUGGCAACACCAACCCAUCAAUCCUCACAAUAAAAUACCUAAGCCUCUUGACUUGUUUUCUUCUAGCCUUUGCAUGCUUUGUUCAAUCAGCAAGGCACUUUGUCCAUGCAAACUACCUGAUCAGCAUGCCGGAUAGUAACAUUCCGGCAUGGUACGUGCAGAUGGCGGUGAUAAGGGGAAGUGAUUUCUGGUCACUUGGGCUUAGAGCACUCUAUUUUGCUCUUACUCUUUUGCUGUGGUUUUUUGGUCCGAUUCCGAUGUUUGUUUCCUCCAUGGUUUUGGUCAUAGUUCUACAUAACCUUGACACAAACACCAGACCAUUGCAUCAGCAUCAGCUUCCGGGAAAGGAGCUCGUUAAACACACCGGCGAGAGAAUCUCAGAGGUGGCUGUGACCAUUCAGCAUCAUACAGAAACGGUUAAAACUACGACUAGUAGUACUGCGUAAUUGUCAAUCGUGUAUGCAUGUUUGUUUGGAGUUGUUGGGUAGUAGGUUUCCUUAGCUAGUAGUGCUAAUCGAUUUAUGUGAGUAUACUGCCAAGAAAGAUCAAAUUGUAAUUUGAUUAUAAAAAUAAAUAAAUAAAACAAUGUAUUACGAACACCACGAAAGAGUUUUGGAAGCUAGAAAUUGGGAGAUUAACUUCAACAUUUCCCUUCAAUGGCCCAAAAUUUUGUUAGUAGAUUGGAAUUUAGUAUGAUUAUUACAAAUAA